AUGGCCGAUGGCGACCGUGUUUCUCGGCACCUUGGGGAGAAGCAUGGCCAUUCGAGGAAGGCGAGAUGGGGCCUAAAUAAGCUAAUGAACUCGCUACAGCUCCCAAGUCCUCGCCAGCUGCCGCCUAGGCAAGACGGUUGUCCGCAGCACCCGCACUUGGCUUUACAGAGAGGGGUUGGCUGCUCCUACUGCCGCUUCCGCUCCACAAGCUAUGAUAUCUUAUCUCGACACCUAAAGAAGGAGCAUCGUCGCGAGGUCACGGCAAGGAGGUCGUCCGGGUACUGGCUACGAGACCACAUUCAGGAUGAUAUCCUCUUCCAGAGCUGGCUUCCCGGUGAUAUCCUCGCCACCUGGUGCGUGUCCGCCUCUGCCGUAGAAAUGCCUACUCUGGUUCCCCUGACUGCGAAAGACGCCGAGUAG